AUGGAUGGGUUUAGAGACUCACAACCUUUCAGGAGGAUAAACCAACCGACUGACCGCAAGGACUUCCUGACCAAAAUUCUUCAACAUCGACACACCGACAACCUUUCCGAUGUUCAAGUCGCAGCUCAUUCAUCUGAUUUUGUGUAUAAAACCCCUAAGACGUUCUUGAUUCUGUUCGCUUUCGCUCAGGACAAGGGAACUACACGGUUGACUACUUGGCCGCUUGCUGACAGGCACCAUAGGAUUGCGGGAAGCGAAACGACUGCCACGGCUCUUUCAUGCGUUACUUACUAUCUUCAAAAAAGCCCUGAGAGUCUACAUCGAUUACGUGAGGAAGUCCGUGGCUACUUCAAGUCAUUUGAUGAUAUCGACGACGCGUCAGCUACGGGUCUGCCGUUCUUGAACGCUGUAAUAUUGGAAGGGAUGAGAAUGUAUCCACCUUUGCCAUUCCCGCUACCGCGAAUUGUUCCUUGUGAUGGCGGUACAAUUGAUGGAUACUUCGUUCCCGGAGGUACUGUGGUAUCCACCAAUCCAUUCGCGUCGUCAAUGUCGCCCUCAAACUUCCAUGAUCCCUGGAUUUUCAAGCCCCAAAGAUGGAUGGAUUUGAGAAACAAAGAUGUUCUUUCUUCAAGCCAGCCGUUUUCUCUAGGUCCACGAAGCUGCCUUGGUAAAAGCCUCGGUUGGCUAGAAAUGCGCACAAUACUUGCCAAAAUUCACUUCAAAUACGACCUGGAAUUGGUUGAUCCGAACCUUGAUUGGCAUGCUGGGUCAGAAAUGCACACCCUUUGGCAGAAACCUCAGAUGAACAUCAUUGUACGCUCGAGAUCAGAUUGUGAUACUUAG